CACGUGUAUACCAAUGUGUCAUUUAUUUUGACUAAUUUCUUUAUACCAUUUCAGACAUGUAAAUUAUUAUAUCAUUUGAGAUUUUUUGCUAUUAUGUUAAUGAAGAAAUGUUUUCUUAGGAUACAGAUACAUCGAUGGAUAGUUUAGGCUUUAGAGGGGGGAAUGGUGGACGGGGCAGUCGUGGUGGUCGGAGUAGUCAUGGUGGACGAGGUAGUCGUGGUGGCCGGAGCAGUCGUGGUGGGCGUGGUGCAACAAGGGGUAGUGCAAGUGGAAGUGGAAAUGGUGGUCGGGCUGAAGAAGGCGGUGGAGUAGAAAGAGGUCGUGGUGUUGCUAGGGGUCGAGUAGGAGGCAGGCGUGGAGGUAGAGGUCGUGGUGGUAGAGGUCGUGGAGAUGAAGUCAGAAUUGCGAGAAGUGACAAAGAACGUCUUGAGGCAUUGUGGGCUGAGAGGAAGCAACAGAUGAGGGAUGUAGUUAAAGACAUGCCUGUCGACGAGCUCCGAGAACUUGUCCUAAAACUGAUUGAUAGAGAGCCAGGACUUGUGAUCGAUCUGUGCGAGGGUGCACAGGCCGGUGACAACCCUCCACCUACACCAGAGCCACUGCAACCUGCAUGGUGUACAUGUGGUAACUGCAGGGCAAUGGCGACAGACCUAGAGAAUGUCUGUUGUAAAUGCCUUCCAAGAAACUGUGUUUCAACUAGAGCUGAGAUUGACAGACUAGUGUUGGAUCCACAGGUCCUUGCUUUAGGCCACACUUAUUACAGGGCAGUGUUGGCAAGGCGGCGCGAAAGAAUUGAGGAUGCCCACAAGCGUAACCGGCAUUGUGCAUACCGGAAUUUCACGUUGUGGAGGUGGGGACGUCUGGGAGCAGGGGUUAGGAGAGUUAUACCGAGUUGCUGUGUCCUGAGGAUCAGAGCACAGUACCCAUCUCCUACAGGACAGUAUGUUGGAUACAUUCCUGGGCGGUAUUACUGAACAAUUGU